CUGAACUAAUUAGCACACUACAAAAAAAAAAUGAUUACUUUAAGUUCCUUCUUCCACUUGCUUCACUUGGCGGGGAGAAUCCCUCUCCCAACUUUGAAAUCCUCCGAACCAAUCAAAGCCAAUCAAAGCUCAACGGGAAACAAAAUGCAGCCGACGCGGCGAUCAAUGGCCGCUCAAAAGAGGAGAAAAUCAACAGCCGUCGCAAUCCUCAACGCCACGGACGACAUCGAAGAUUUUUCCAAAUCCGAAACCCUAGCUAUCCGCUCCUCCCUUCUCCGCUGGUACGACGAGAACAGUCGGGACUUGCCAUGGAGAACGCCGGCCGCCGGCGCUGGAUCCCUUCUGACGCCGGUGAAAGUGGACGAGGAGCAGAGAGCGUACGUUGUAUGGGUCUCGGAAGUCAUGCUCCAACAAACUCGCGUCCCCACCGUGAUGGGCUACUUCAAUCGCUGGAUGGAGAAAUGGCCAACCAUCCGCGAUCUCUCCUCGGCUUCUCUCGAGGUGGAAGUGAAUGAGAUGUGGGCUGGUUUGGGGUAUUACAGGAGGGCUCGAUUCCUCUUGGAGGGUGCAAAGUCCAUUGUUGAUGAAGGGAAGUUUCCGAGAUCUGCUUCAGAGCUUCUUUGCGUGAAGGGAAUUGGAGAUUACACGGCAGGAGCAAUUGCUUCCAUUGCUUUCAAUGAGGUGGUUCCUGUUGUGGAUGGUAAUGUGGUGCGGGUAAUUACAAGACUCAGAGCCAUAUCUGCAAAUCCAAAAGAAGCUGGAACUGUGAAGCUUAUAUGGAAACUGACAAGGCAAUUAGUUGAUCCUUCAAGGCCUGGUGACUUCAACCAGGCCUUAAUGGAACUUGGAGCAACUUUGUGCAGUUCAACCAAUCCUGCUUGUUCUAAAUGUCCAGUUUCUGAUCAUUGCCAAGCGUUUUUACUUUCAAAAAAGAGUCAGAAAUUAAAGGUCACUGAUUAUCCCACAAAGGUAGCAAAGAACAAGCAAAGACAUGAUUUUGCUGCAGUAUCUGUAGUUGAAAUAGCAGAGUUUGAUGAGCAGAUUUUGAAUGAUAACGGUCUGAAACAUGUUUUUCUUUUGGUAAAGAGACCAGAAAAUGGUUUGCUUGCUGGGCUUUGGGAGUUUCCUUCAGUUAUAAUGGAUGAAGGAAGUAUGAAUCAGUGCAUGAGGAGGAAAGAAAUUGACAAGUAUCUAAAGAAAUCUUUUAAACUUGAUGUUGGAGAAAAUUGCAAGGUUAUGUUGAGACAGGAUGUUGGUGAAUAUGUUCAUGUCUUUUCUCACAUAAGGCUUCAGAUGUAUGUUGAAUUGUUAGUUUUGACUCUCAAAGAAGGAUUGACUCAGCUGAACAGUGAUGAGGAUAGGAGUGAGAUAACAUGGAAGUGCGUUGAUGGGAGUUCUAUUAGGAAAAUGGGUUUGUCAUCGGGAGUAAGGAAGGUGUACAACAUGACACAAGAUUUUAAGGAGCAAAGAGUGUUUCAGAAGCCAAGGAAAGUGCCAAGAAAGAGAAGGUAAACCAAUUAACCUGAAUGAAGCUUGUUGACAUGAAUAAACUGCCCCCUUUUGUUCUGAAAAGCCAGUUUACAUUUUUAUUUAUAAAUUACUACUUUCUCUUGAGGUGUAAAUGAAACAAAUUUGAGCAAGCUCAAAUGUUAUUUGACUCAACUCGUUAUGCGAAUGCAUCAAAAUUUUGCUA